AAAAUCAUAGGAAGAACAGAUGUCUACUGUCAACAAAGAUUACUGAAUCAUAUGUCUCAUGCGCAGGAUUUAAUGCCUCUUUUCAGGGUCAUCGCUGAUGAAAAGCAACCGCCAGAAUCAUGCUUUGUGAGCCCGUAAGAUAAGUAGGUGAGAUAGUGAUAUGUGGCAAAGUGAGCAUUAAAGAGAAAUAUUUUACUUUGCCAUAUAUGAAAAGCUACAUAAAUUUUGAAAUAAACUAAACAGGAAUAGUACAGAACAAAUACAAGACAAGGUUGCAAGUCUUGCCACCACAAUUUACAAUUUGAAAUGGCUUCAUCGUCUUCAGCUCUUCCGACAACCAUCUCGUUUUCAGUCACCUUUCUCAUAUUAUUGUCCUCACUGGAAACUGCCUCCGGCUGUUUCACGUCAAUCUUUGCCUUCGGCGAUUCACUGGCUGACACUGGAAAUUAUGCGACCAUUUACCCGCCUAUAUUUCAUUUGAGCAACGGAACACUCUACUGCGGCUUACCUCCUUAUGGAGAGACCUAUUUUCAUCACCCAACAGGUCGAUGCUCCGAUGGUCGGCUAAUAAUCGAUUUCAUAGCUGAAUACUAUGGACUUCCACCGGUUCCACCGUAUCUUAUGGGCGCGAAACAUCGAAGCAACUCAAGGUUUGAAGCCGGUCUGAACUUUGCAGUUGCAGGAGCUACAGCACUUGACGUCCCAUUUUAUGGAGAAAAAGGAAUUUCUUCUACUUUGGCUAAUAUCUCUAUGAGUACUCAACUCAGGUGGUUCAAAGGGCUACUGCCAUCUCUUUGCUAUUCCUCAAGCUGUAGCGAAGUUUUCAAAAGCUCACUCUUUCUUAUGGGAUUCGGUGGCAACGAUUAUGGCAAAGCAUUUCUGCAAGGAAAAAGCUUGGAGGAGACAAAAUCCUUGGUUCCUUUGGUUAUUAGUGCCACUAGGUCUGCCAUUAACGAAUUGAUAGACCUGGGAGUGGUAAACAUAAUGGUGAAUGGUCUAUUGCCUGAUGGAUGCUCGCCAGCGAUGUUAACAUAUUUCAAGAGUUCAAACAAAGAAGAUUAUGAUACAGCAACAGGCUGCCUGAGUUGGUUGAACGAUUUUUCCAAUUAUCACAAUGAACUACUUCAAGAAGAGCUGAAUCGAGUUCGAGCAAAUCACCCAGAUGCAUUUAUAUUGUAUGCCGAUUAUUUCAAUCCUCUGAUGCAUCUUUUUCGUUCUCCGGAACAAAACGGUUUCGGAGGAAGAUCGCUUAUGGCCUGUUGCGGAGAUGGAGGUCCCCCUUACAAUUAUAAUUUUACAGCGCAAUGUGGAGAACCAGCGUCUACUGCUUGUGCUCGGCCUUCUCUAUAUAUCAGUUGGGAUGGCAUUCACCUUACACAAGCCGCAUAUAGAUUUAUGGCCAAAGGUUUACUUGAGGGGCCUUUUACUACUCCUACAAUCAAUACUUUGUGCACGUCCAUGAAGAAGGAUUUCGGAUUUGCGUCAGCUAUGACUAGCCAAUUAUGAGCUACUACUGCAUUUGAUUUCAUCUUUUACCUUCUACAAUUUGGAAUUACAGAUUGCUUCAAAGAUUUUGCGGAAUUAAUCUGCUUUGUGAUGUAUGGGAUUCAACUCUUGUAGCUAAGUGAAACUUAAGUUCCUAAACUUGAUCGACGCAGAGAAUAUAGUUCAAUUUCGUCGGAGUUAUGCAGAUUAA